AUGGCAACUGCUGACACGGGUAGCUCAAAAGUAAAGAACAGAAGGUGGACUCAUGAAGAAGAUGCUAUGUUGGUUUCUUGCAUGGUUGAUUUGCAUAAUAUGGGAACAAAAAAGUCUGAUACUGGAUUUAAAGCUGGCUAUUUGAGUGAGUUAGAGAAAAUGCUUACAACUAAAUUACCUAACUCAAAUAUAAAAGGUAAACCACACAUUGAGUCCAGAAUUAAAACAUUGAAGAAAGAAUGGAGCAUUGUCCAUGAUUUGUUCACAAAUCAUAAUAGUGGAUUUGGAUGGGAUGAUGAAAGGAAGAUGGUUACUGCUGAAGAUGAUGUUUGGGAGGCUUAUUUAAGUAGUCAUAAAGAAGCUGCGCAAUAUAGAAGGAAAACCUUUCCUUUUUAUAAUGAGUUUACUGAUAUUUAUGGAAAAGAUCGUGCUACUGGCAAAGAUUCACAAACAGGUGCAGAUAUAGUUUAUGAAAUGGGUAAUGCUGAAGCUGUUGAAGGCAUUGGUGGAACAAUGGAAGGUAGUCAAGAUGACAAUCCAGUUGAAUUGCAAGACAAUGAUUUUUCGUUUGUCCCUACUCAAUCAUCUGGUGCUAGAGAGAUGAGUUCAACAAAGAGGAAAAGGAAAAGAAGUGACACAUGUGAACCUAUUACUGCAGAUUCUUUGCUUGGUGCUGCCAUGAUGUUGAGUGAGAAGUUGGAAUCGGUAGGAGACAAAACCAUGAUGUUGAGUGAGAAGUUGGAAUCGGUAGGAGACAAAAUAAGUAAAAGUCUUGGAACUGAAUUGACGCAAUUAGAGGGUAAGUUGAGUGAGAUUGAGGGGCUGGAAUAUGAUGACAAGUUUAUGGCUUUGAUCAAGCUUCCUGAAUAUCCAAAUCAAAUGCUUUUGAUGGGGGAUAGACUAAGGCUCGGUGUUAAAAGCUCGGCGUGGACAAAAGAGGAGGCCAAUGAAGAGGAAGAGAGGGCUUGA